CAAAUAUGCUUUAUUUAGAUUUUUGUAUUGAUUUUUGUUAACUGUUUAAAAACUUAUGCUUAGUUUUAGAUUCAACUGUUUAAAAACUAAAAUGCUGGACAAGGAAUGGGUUCAUUUUAGCAGGUAUGUAAUUGAUUACAUAUUGUUAGGAUUUCAACAAAUGAAUAUAGACAUUCGGUAUCUUCGUGUGUGUCGUUCUUCCUUCCAAAUACAAUGAAGACUUGAUCCAUCAUACAAAAUAGGUGCCUGGAAAUUUGUCCGGACGGUGGCUGCUAAGUUAGGAGAUAGUGGCAUGGUAAUAUGCCCAUGCGUUGACUGUAGAAAUGUAGAUCGUCAUUCGUGUAGUGUUGUGGUUGCUCAUCUAGUAAUUAGAGGCAUGGAUGAGACUUACAAGUUGGGGAAAGAUUGGUAUCACCAUGGUGAAGUGAACUCAGGGGCUGACAGUUCUCUGGAAAUCCAUUCAGGCUAGAUUUGAACUUGAUGAAGAGUAUCAAAAGACCUAUAUCAUGAGCCAGAUGGGAUGUUUGUGGGGGUGUUUUAAAUCAUGUCUUGUAACUAAGAUCAGAAAAGCUCCUAAUAACCAAGCCAGGAUGAAUAUGCGACCGAAGAAUAUCCCGAUUAAUGAUUGGCGCAAAUUUAUCAGAUUGAAGACUAGCAACAACUUUAAGGUUGUUAGUGAUAAAUUCAAGGAACGAAGGCGUAAACAGAUUCCUCACACUUGCAGCCGUAAAGGAAUGGUUAGACUAGCAGAAGAGAUGAAAAAAGAAUGCCCUGAACCAUCUAAGGUCACAAGGCUGAAAGUUUGGGUAAAGUCAAGAACCAAAAAAGAUGGAACGCCGGUUAAUACUGUCGCCGCUGAAAAGAUUAGAAAGGCAGCUGAGUUGGAGAGUGUUCCUCAGGUUUCAUAAUUGUUAGGAGCUGAUAAUCCUGGUCGGUUAAGGGCUAUGGGCAGAGGGAUGAGUAUGACAAAACUGUCUUUUUUCCAAGUCAACAGUAAGUGUAUGGCUGAAAUGAAAGAAAAGCAAGUUAGUUUACAAAGAAAAGUAGAUGACUUACAAGCUGUCAUUGAACAUUUGAAGAGAGGAGAACCUGAGGUCGGGGAAAAUUCAGCUGCAAGGAGUGUCACUAAUAGAGCACAUCCUAAGUGUUUGCUUCUGGAUUAUAAUGGUACUGGUGAGAUUGUUGCUGAAGCUCUUGUGAUGUCUUCUGAUCCUCAAGACUUUGUGAAUGGGAUUCCAUUAGGGCCUAACUCCUAUAAAGUGUUGGUAGAAAAUGCAAUCAAACCAGAUGCAUUCCUAUGUAGACCUACAACUAACAUCCUGAAUAUGGAACAAGCUGUUGGAGAAAUGCUUGCUUGGCCAGAUGACAAUUGUAUUUUCCACGAAGACAAUGCGCCAAAGAGUCCAAAUACAGCUUCUGCAAACAAGUGUAUACUACUAAAUUGGAGAGGAAAUGAAGAAGUGGUUGUUGCUGAAGGACGUUGGCAGUCAAAAGAACUAGAUGCAUUGGUUAAUGGACUUCCAAUCGGACCUAAUGUAGUAAAGGUAUUUGUGGAUGUGGUCUUGAAACCUGAGACAUUUCUAUGGAAACCUACAACAAAAAUUAGUAUCAUUAAGGACUGUUUGAAGACUUUCGUAGCAUGGCCAGAGGACAAAGUGGUAAUGGUUUGAAACUGAAGUACCUUUGUCUAGAUUACGAGAACUUAUGCUAUUUAGACUUGUGUUGUUUAGCUUAUGGGAACUUAUGGUAUUGAGACUUAUGAAGUUUA